CUCGCUGAGGUCACGGACAUUCGGGAGCUUCCCAGCAGGCGAGCAGAGGUGUAAGGCACAGGAAGUACAGACACAGCCACGAAAAUUAAAACUCAAACAAAACCGUCAAAAUGUCUCUGUCUAACAAACUCACCCUGGACAAGUUGGACGUCAAGGGGAAGCGGGUCAUCAUGAGGGUCGACUUCAACGUGCCAAUGAAGGACAAGCACAUCACGAACAACCAGAGGAUCAAGGCAGCCGUCCCCAGCAUCAAACACUGCCUGGACCACGGGGCCAAGGCUGUUGUGCUCAUGAGCCACCUGGGACGUCCUGAUGGAACCCCCAUGCCUGACAAAUACUCCCUGGAGCCUGUCGCCGCUGAGCUCAAAACCCUGCUGGGCAAGGAUGUGACCUUCCUGAAGGACUGUGUGGGUCCCGAGGUGGAGGCGGCCUGUGCCAACCCCGCUGCUGGAUCUGUCAUCCUGCUGGAGAACCUUCGCUUCCAUGUCGCCGAGGAGGGAAAAGGCAAAGACGCCGCUGGAAACAAGACCAAGGCCUCCCAGGAGCAGAUCGAUGCCUUCAGGGCGUCUCUGUCCAAACUCGGCGACAUUUAUGUCAACGACGCCUUCGGCACUGCACACAGGGCCCACAGCUCCAUGGUCGGAGUGAAUCUGCCCCAGAAGGCCGCUGGUUUCCUGAUGAAGAAGGAGCUGGAUUACUUUGCCAUGGCUCUGGAGAAACCACAGAGGCCGUUCCUGGCCAUCCUCGGAGGUGCGAAGGUGAAAGAUAAGAUCCAGCUGAUCAACAACAUGCUGGAUAAAGUCAACGAGAUGAUCAUCGGAGGCGGCAUGGCCUUCACCUUCCUCAAGGUCCUCAACAACAUGGAGAUCGGCACCUCACUGUACGAUGAGGAGGGUGCUGGCAUCGUCAAGGACCUGAUGGCCAAGGCCGAGAAGAACGGCGUCAAGAUCACCCUGCCCGUCGACUUCGUCACUGCUGACAAGUUCGAUGAGAAAGCCACCACCGGCACGGCCACCGUGGCCGCUGGCAUCCCCGCCGGCUGGAUGGGUUUGGACUGUGGACCAGAGAGCUCGAAGGCCUACGCCGCGGCCGUGGAGCGGGCCAAGCAGAUCGUGUGGAACGGCCCCGUCGGCGUGUUCGAGUGGGACAACUUCUCCCGCGGCACCAAGAACCUGAUGGACAAGGUGGUGGAGGUGACCAAGAAGGGCUGCAUCACAAUCAUUGGUGGGGGCGACACUGCCACCUGCUGUGCCAAGUGGAACACAGAAGACAAGGUGAGCCACGUGAGCACAGGAGGCGGAGCCAGCCUGGAGCUGCUGGAGGGUAAAGUCCUGCCUGGUGUCGAUGCCCUGAGCAGUGUUUAAACUUCCCUUCAGCCCAGAGAGGAGGGUGUGUGUGUGUGUGUGUGUGUGUGUAACUGUAGUUUGUGUGAGUGUGAGCGUGUGUGUGUGUGUGUGUGUUUUCUUUGGACACACCUUCUGCCCUGCUGGAACCUCCUCCCACCUCCUCACUUCACACUUGGCUCUUAUAUACUGCCAAAAAAAGUCUGCCCCUCUUGUAUUCAGUACUUGAGUUUGUGCUCGUUUUAAGAAGCGAGACGUUUUAAGACUAAAUACAAGAUCGGUCGGCCCUUUAAGACUUUUUUUGGUUUUGCAGAGCUGCCACACAGCAGCUAGAUGUCACAUCUCCUGCUGAUCAGCUGUAUUAACGACUGAAACAGUGAAAUCCUGUCGACACGUGGUUUCUCUCUCUCUCUGUCCUGCACUCUUCCAUCACAGGUCACCCAGCUUGGGAUUUGGAAGGCUGAUACUGAUAUUUUUAGAUUGUAAUGUCUCACAGAGAUUUAUUUUACAGUGGCACUCAGCAUCUUCAAAUGAAAACAUGCUCAUUCCAGUUAGUUUCCUCCUGAAUUCCCUAUCUCAUCAGGGUGGAAAGGCUUGUGCUAGAAAAAAACACCUUAACAUGAAGAGAUAAUGUACAAAAUACGCUGACCAAGUUUGAAGGUGUUUUGUUGAGACGAGAGAAACCAAAAUGUCACUAAACAGCCGUUCACCUUUAAAAGGGAAUUUGGCAUCUGCGCCACCUGCGCUACAACGCUUGCACUUAUGUGUGUGUGGGUGUGUGGGGUGUGUGUGUGUGUGUGUACAUGUGUCACUACUGUAUAGCCAGCCUGGCAAUGUUGCUGCACCAUCCCCCUCAUCAGCGUAUAUUACAAUAUACUGUAUAUGAGCAGUGUUGUGUGUGUCGUCCCUCUGCCUAGACGUUAUAUUUUCUAUCGGUUGUGUCUCGGUGUCUUCACACUCAGUUUCGGCUCGGUGUCACUCUCCGUGUCACAGAAAUCUCCUGCGGCUCGUUUCCUCGGCGAGUCUCAGGAGAGACAAGUGACUCUGAUCUGAGCAGAUCUGGUCAGAUUUGCCUCAAUAAAACGGUCUGUGUGAACCUGAA